AUGCCAUUCCACAUCCACUGGCAUCGAAAACUCCAUGUCUCGUGGGUAUCGGAGACUUCGAGCCCAGCAGCCCACUUUCCCGCCAAGCAUAAAUUCGAUCGCCAGCUGCAGAGCGGUUCCGAGGGUGAUGUCCAGCAAUGGACACAUAAAGCGACGGGGACAACUCUAGCAGUGAAGGUUAUCAAGUACACCAAGCUAUUCCCAAGCGAAGUCCAGAUCCUGCGGCAUCUGCCACCACACGGAUGUAUCAUACAGUACCUUGGCUACUAUGAAAAACAGCCAUCGCCCGAGAAGUCAUCAAUCAUACUUGAGUACUGUCCAGAAGGCGACCUCUUUACUCUCAUAGACCGCAUGAGAGAGCGAAAUGGCGGCAUCUUCUCGGAAGGCUUCAUGUGGUCAGUAUACAGCCAGCUAGCAGCGGCGCUUGCAUUCCUACACGAAGGCAUCGAUACGCAGAACCCGUUGGGCCGCGACAACUGGCGACCCGUAGUCCACCGGGACAUCAAAACGGAGAACGUUCUCGUGAGGAGCGUGGGAGGUAAAGAUGACUGGUCCGACAUCGAUGUAAAGCUCGGUGACUAUGGUAUGGCAGGAUACUACGACCCAGCACAUCCCAAUCCCCUGGGACAGAUCGGCACCGCGCACAAUUGGCCACCGGAAAUAUCUUGGGAGACUAAAGGGUUAUCGCCGGCAAGUGAUGUAUGGGGUAUAGCUGCCAUACUCCACGAGCUGGCGCAUGGCUUCGGCCCGGUAGUGAGUCCGGGGGUGACGGAGAAGAAGUGGUUCGCGGAGAAUAUAUGGGCGCCAUAUCCAGAUUAUUGGCUCCCGGUCUUGAAGAUGAGCUACUGGGAAGCGACGACGCCACGGAGAGUUAUACCUGUCAACCUCAAGCCAGAAGCACCGCUUCCGACUGAUCCGCGUCUGGAUGAGCCUGACGAGCGUGUAGAAAGGUGUCGCAAGCAUAGGCCGAGCCCGAAAUAUUCUGACGCGCUGAAUGACUGCAUGAUGAUGGCGCUCAGGACGGAUCCACAAGAACGAGCGGGCGCUGGGGUAUUGCUAUCCGAGAUCGAGGAAGCGCAUGCGGAGUUCUUAUUCCAGGACUUGAAGAUCGAGCAUGAUUGUGAGACUGAAGUGGAUGGAAACGAAAGCGAUGGACAGGACUAGUUCCAGGGGCUGUGUGCUAUAUCGAACUUGAUUUCGACACGUUUUGGAGCGCGAUUUAUACUCUCACUAGUACAUGAG